AUGCUGGACUCGGCGGGCUUUCAGGGCUUAGGAUCGGGUUUAAGGGCCCGCGAUAUGAGCCCAGAUUCCGCCAUUUUCACCGCCGAGUCUUCCAACUUCAGCCUCUUCUCGUCAGCUUCAGCUAGUGUCGACAGAUGCUCUCUUGCAUCUGAUUUGCCUGAUCAAGAUUCUGCUGUCUCCCAUUUGGCAGGACAUGAAUUGUCUGAGGUAUUGAGUGGCCCAGGUUCGAGUCCGAACAAACACACUCCAGUACCGAUGAAUAGUCUCAGCAAAAAAGUGAAAACCAAAGUUCAAAAAGUAGAGAGCAGUGAGGCCGAGACCACGGAGGAUGAGAGUACAGCCAUAGGCUCCGCAAGAAGUUCGUUCUCUCAAGCCCUUAAAGAAUGUCAAGACCGAAAGUUGAGAUCCGAGGCACUCAUGAAAAAAAAAUUCAACCGCCAGAGGCCUGCUUCUGUGGACCUCAACAUCCCCGUAAAUAAUCUCAUAAAUUCCUCCUCGCCAAGACUCGGAACUAUGAAGAAACAGCCCGCCGCUCCCUGCAAGACUUCCGCAUUCCCGAGCCCGGGAACACCCAACAACUGGCAACCGAACGUCAGGAUUCAAAAGGGCUGGAGUUCCGAACGGGUCCCGCUGCACUCGAAUGUCAACAGGAGAAACAUAAAUGCUCCAAUGUUAUCCUACAAUAACAAUGGACGGACGCUGCCCUCGAAAUGGGAAGAUGCCGAGAGGUGGAUUUUCAGUCCUGUGCCAGUGGAUGGUGCUUUCAGGACAGGUUUGGUCCAGCAGGCCGAGAGUAAGCCCAAAUCGAAGAGCGGGCCACUCGGGCCCCCGGGAUUGGCCUACUACCAGAUGUUUACUCCUGCGGGACCCACGCUCGAGAUCGGGAGGAGGGAAAAAGGGAAGCUAGCUGAGAGCUCGCCGUUUUUCUUGGGAAACGAGCAUUGCAUGGCCCGGUCUAUCAGCAUAAAUGGAUGUUCUGAGUUGGUGGCCAAGUCGUCUUUUGUGGUACACCACCCGGAUGAGAUAAAUGGUGUGACCCAAGAGGAUAAUGCGGCCAACAACAUAUCUCGUGUUCUUUCUAGAAGGGAUAUGGCUACUCAAAUGAGUCCGGAUAGUAGCAGCAUACAGUCCUCUCAAAGGCGUUCAUCUUCUUAUUCUGAGGCUACACUGCCCGUUUUCGAGAUUGUAAGGGAGGAAGCAAAAAUCACAGCCUGGGAAAACCUGCAGAAAGCGAAAGCCGAAACUGCAAUAAGAAAACUCGAGAUGAAACUGGAAAAGAAGAGGAGGGCCGGACAGAGCAUUAUUCUUCCGGAGGACUCGGCCCAUUGGUUCAUUGAGUGGAUGCUUUACUUGUCAUGCGUUUUAAUGCAUCGUAUAUAUUUUCUUGUCGUGCGUUGGGCUUUUGCUGUUGUCAGGCAUGCGUGGAGUGCGAAAAGCGAUCACAUGAACAACUGCUUAUGGACAACGGGGAAUGAAGUAAAUUGGGUUUUUCUUGAAGUUUUUAGUGCAUGA